GUAUGUUCCUUUGGUUGUUUUUUUUUUUUUUUAGCAAUAUGAAAUUAAGCCACUCAACAAUUAAUUUGUCCAAGAUCACAAGUUGGUAUAAAGUAGAGGUGAGCAUCCAACACCUCUUUAGGUUCUUUAACUACAGAGCCGGUGCUCUCAACCCUAAGUUAUACGGCCUACUAACCUAAAGCUAAAAUGGUGUUGUGUUUCAGGUCUGUGUACAACAACCCAGAGCACAAGGCCUGGGGGAGGAGGCGGAGGCCGGGAACUGUCAGUUUUACAUGGAUGGGUUUAUUUAGUCUUCACAGCCUCUGAGAUUGGUACACCUAGGAAAGAACUGUUACAUUUUAUAGAACAGAAACCGAGAUACAGAAAUGUGAAGCUACUGUCCAGUAUUUAAACUGCUAUUAAAUGGCAGAGCCAGGACUUUCAUUUCUCUACUAGUGUAUUGGAGACUUACUCUGCCCCAAAGUGUGUGUCCUCCAUGAUAUCACAAUACCGGCACAGACAUGCUCACACUUACACUUCUACACCUACCAAACUAGUAAUUGCUGUUCCAGAACAGAUCCUACAGCCUCUUGACACUGGGGUCUCAACCUUCUGCAAUAGAAUUGCCAAAUUUAAUAAUAGAAAUAAAAGAUGCCCAGCUAAAUUUAAAUUUUACACAAAGGAAAAUAGAAUAUGUCUAUGCAGCUUAAUGCGUUUUUAAAAAAAUCUUAAAUUCAGAUUUAAUUGGGAAAUCUGCAUUGUAUUUGAUAACCUAUCCAAGAUGAAAAUUCCCAUUAGUCUUUCAAGUUAAACAAAUAAUUUGACCCGAGGAUAUAGUUCAGUGACAGAGUGCCUGCAUGAGGCCCUAGCCCAGCACCCUCUCCCAAACAGAGACAAAUUCAAAUAUCAACCAAGUCUUCAACGAGUUUUCUGGGCAUCUCUCCACUUCUGUUCUUCAAACAAACAUGGCUACCCGUAGCAUUUUUUACGGUGUGUGGGCACUUAAUUCUUCCAGUUAAGACCCUCAAUUUCCUUAGGGGAACAGUUUUAUAUGUUCAUAUCAUACCAUGAAAAUAUGUUGACGAUUGAAAUAGUUGUUAUGAGUAAACAUUUACUAAGAGCUACUAGCUGUAAGAGAAGUCCUGACUAGAGAAGCUUCAUUUGUAAUUUGCUCUCUGUGUGCUAAAUGUGGUGCUAGUAAUUUUGUGGAAUGCCCAUUAAAUCCUAAUUAAUGGGCAUCUUUGGGGCCAGGGCAAUCAUAUUUUCUUAGACCUAUAACAUGUGGUGUAAAUAACUGAUGCCAUCUAAUCUCCGUGUCUUUCUGAGAAUUUUGGUCCUUGAACUGGUUGGUUUGGCAUUCCCGUUUCCAUAGAAACAAGCGCACUUGUAAGAAAACAGGACGUUCGGGUUUCACUUCCGGUUCACGCCGGAAGUUGACUCGACCGUCCGCACAUGGGUGGCCCUAGGGAAGAUGCCGCUCGUGGUGUUUUGCGGGUUGCCGUCGAGCGGCAAGAGCCAGCGGACCGAAGAGCUACGCCGGGCGCUGGCCGACGAGGGCCGCACGGUGUACGUGGUGGACGACGCCUCGGUGCUGGGCGAUCAGGACGCGACGGUGAGGGCGUACGGCGACCCUGCCGGUGAGAAGGCGCUGCGUGCGGCGUUGCGGGCCGCGGUGGAGCGGCGCUUGAGCCGGCAGGACGUGGUCAUCCUGGACUCCCUCAACUACAUCAAGGGCUUCCGCUACGAGCUGUACUGCCUCGCGCGGGCCGCGCGCACCCCGCUCUGCCUGGUUUACUGCAUACGCCCGGUCUGGCCGAGCUCUAGACCUCAGGGUGCUGAGACCGCUGAGAACCGCGACCCGGCGGCUGUCAGUGUGAGCUGGAGGCCGCGCGCCGCGGAGGGCGAGAAACCUCGGGUGGCCGGCGCCGUGGGGGAACAGCGUCCCGCCAGCCUGUUAGAAAAUGGGGCGGCCCUGCCGGCCCUCCGCAGGGAACUGGAUCCGGAGGAAAUCCUGCCAUCAAGUCCUCCAGCGGGUGUAACUCCGGAAUCCGAGAAAUCUGCGAAGCCUGCUUCCAGUGCCUUUCCUCCCGAACUUCUGGAGUCCUUAGCGCAGCGCUUUGAGGCUCCUGAUUCUCGGAACCGCUGGGAUCGACCUUUGUUCACCGUGGUGGGCUUUGAAGAGCCAUUGCCCCUGGCUGAGAUCCGAUCUGCACUGUUCGAGAACCGGGCACCCCCGCCCCAUCAGUCUACGCAGUCCCAGCCCCUGUCCUCUGGCAACUUUCUGCACCAGCUGGAUCAGGCCACGAACCAGGUGUUGUGUGCCGUGAUGGAAGCACAGAAGGGCGCCGUACCCGGAGAUGUGUUAACACUUCCUGGUACCACGGAGCACCUCCUGUUUACCCGGCCCUUGACCAUGGGGGAACUGAGUCGUCUCCGUCGCCAGUUUAUUUCCUACACAAAAAUGCAUCCCAACAACGAGAACCUACCUCAGCUGUCCAAUAUGUUUCUAAAGUAUCUGAGCCAAAAUUUGCCCCAAUAGAGGCACUGGGAGGCGGCGAUGGUUCCUGUCUAAAUUGCACUGUACUUUGUCCAGGAAGAAUAGUGUGAAGGUCUACAGAGCCUACUGUACUAGGGUUGCUAGGGUUGGCUGCCUCAAUUUCCUGGCCACAGCUGUGCGCGUCACGCCUGUGUGUAUAGCAUAAGCUAAGGCAUAGGAGUAGUAGCUCCAGAAAUCUCAGGUGGGCAGUUUUUCUUUGGUUGGACUCUGUCUGGGGAUAUUACAUCUGGAUGGAGGAGAAUUGUUUUAAGUCAACUGUGAGUAGAAGACGAAGAUGAUACAGUUUUGUAAGGCCCUUUCAUACUACAUAUAUAUUUGAGUAUAGUACUUCUUGCUUUCUAUCCUGCAUCAUGGAACACAGAUAUGUUUUUUGUUCUGGGGAAACUGAUAUUUGUAUAAGACAACCAUUAGUUAUUUCCUCUAAUAAAAGUUUUCAAAGUUG